AUGCAGGGUAAGCAGGUACCUACUAAGAUUCUAAGAAUUCAAUUCAUGUCACAUCCCUGUUGCCCUCCCUCAGUCAAUAUUGACAAGUCAAGCGUGUCUGAGGCUCCGGAGAAGUCCCCAAGGGCCUUCGAGAUAGUCACCUGGGUUGGCAUGCAUGGCGCAGAGGAAGCUGCGAGCUCGUCAACGCUGACAAUUGACUGGGCUGAAUACGGCGGUGGAGAUCUGGAAAGAAAUGCUCUCGUGUCAGUCUUCCUCAGAAUUCUAGAAUACUAUGAAGGGUUGCUUUUCCUGACCACCAAUCGCGUGGGUUCGAUGGAUGAAGCUUUCAAAUCACGAAUCCACAUGGCGUUGUACUACCCGUUUCUUGAUCAACGCCAGACAAUCGCAAUCUGGAAAUCACAAAUGCGUCGUGCGAAAGAGAGACUGAGUGACUUGAAAAUGGAUGAAGAUGCAAUUAUCGAUUAUGCGAUGCAGCACUUCGCAGAACUCUGGAACAUCACCGGUGAGGGACUGGCCUGGAACGGGAGACAGAUUCGAAAUGCUUUCCAGAGCGCUCUUGCCCUCGCAAAGCAUCGAAGCCAAGAUGGAGAGCCAUUGAUGUUGAAAGUAGAUGAUUUCGUUUCUGUGGCGAAAGCGUCGAGAGAGUUUGAUGACUAUCUCAUGCGAGUCAAGAAAGGCCAACGAGACUCAGAGAUUGCUCGGCUAAACAUGCUGCGAGAAGACAGACUUGGCAUCAGUCUAAGACUGCCUACCUUGGUUGCACCAACAACUUUUCCCGCGAAUCCGGCCAUGAAUUAUUAUGGACAACAACAGCAGCAUCUUCGACCUAGUACGCCAUGGCAAAACUUCUCGAUAGCGCAGCAACAGGGAGGUCACUUCAUGACACCACCACAUCAACAGCAACCGCAGACAGGCUAUGGUUAUAACACAGCACCGAUGCAAUAUAAUCGUCUUCAACCCCCGGCAAUGUAUAUCCUGGGUAUAAUAUAA